UGUUUCACGUAUUGCAUAAUAUUAUGUCGUACAGUAUUUAAGGGAGUACACCCACCGAGUAGUAGACGUGAGAUUAAGUGUCCGCAUAGACUCAAGUCGCUCGCGCCGCGGUCUCGUGUACCGUCGGGGAUGUAUAUAUAGCGUUAUAAACUUAGUAUAGGUACGUAAAUAAAGUCAAUAGUCAUACACAGAGUUUACUUCAGCGUUUUUCCGCUUUUUCACAUUUAUCGAGUUAUAAUAUUUAUUAAUGCCGGAAAACGAGUGAAUUAUCGGCGGUGUAUCACCUGCGUGUAUCAAUUAUAGGCCAAAUGCAUAGGUAAUGUUGCGACUUUUGGACAACGCGCCCAACGGACAAAUCAAAACAGUUCACAGUUAAAAUCAAAACCGACGGAAAUGGAGAAAAAAAUUAUUACAAAAAUGUUAGAUAAUAAUGAUCUAACUUGCUCGAUAUGCUUCGAUGUUUUUGAAAAGCCAUCAGAAUUGAAUUGUAGUCAUGUGUUUUGUUUCAAAUGCGUAAAAAAUUGGAUGCGUAAUAACAGAUCAUGUCCAAUAUGUCGGCGAACUAUACUGGAUUCGCCAGUUGUUUGCACUAUGUUGGAAAAACUUAUUUUAGAAAUGAAGUCAGCUUCUGUGCCUGUUGAAAAUCGACGUUACACAAUAAAUGCAGUUUAUAUAACGCAAGCAUCUACAUCCGUAUCACGUUCGGCCGUCAGAAAAGACUAUAAUUAUGAGCGUCCACCAUGGAGAUAGAAAAUGUAAAACAAUAAUAACCUUUUUAAUAUAUAAUAUGCAUAUAAUAAUCUAUAUUUUUAUACUUUUUGUAAGUCAAUAAUGUUUGUAAUUUUUAUUAUUUUAACUAAAUGAAUAACUUUUUAUAUUAUCCAGUAUCCUAGACUUAAGAACCAAUAGAAUAAAUACAGCCUUGAAGGCUAGUUAUAGAGUAGACUAAAAAUAUUUUUGAAUGUUUUAAUGGUUUUUAAUAAAUAAUAAUUAUUUGUA